AUGGAGGAGACUGGUAAAGAUAAAAAGGACGGAAUGUUUAGGUAUGCCGAGAGGUACGACAAGUUUCUAAUGUUUUGGGGGACGUUAGGGAGCAUCGGAGAUGGGUUGCAGAUUCCGUUAAUGAUGUACGUUCUUAGCGAUGUCAUUAACGAGUACGGGAAUCCGAAUGCCGUCAUCUCUAAUUCCCUUGUCGAUAAGUAUUCUCUCCGGUUGCUCUAUGUUGCAAUAUUAGUCGGAGUAUCGGCUUUUGUUGAAGGACUUUGUUGGGCUAGGACGGCCGAGAGACAAACUUCUAGAAUGAGAUUGGAGUAUCUGAAAUCCGUCCUUAAACAAGACGUUGGUUUCUUCGAUACCCAAGAAGCGGGAUCCUCCACAACGUACCAAGUUGUUUCGACCAUCUCCGCUGAUUCCAACACAAUCCAAGUCACCAUCGGCGAGAAGAUACCAAAUUGUCUUGCCUACAUGUCAUCCUUCUUCUUUUGCCACAUAUUCGCGUUUACGCUAUCGUGGCGACUUACGUUGGCAGCGCUGCCCUUCUCCGUCGUCUUCCUUGUUCCGGCCCUUGGAUUCGGUAAGCACAUGAUGGACGUAGCAAUGGCAAUGGUUGCAUCAUAUGGUGCCGCGGGUAGUAUUGCAGAACAAGCGAUUUCCUCCAUAAGAACCGUGUAUUCGUAUGUCGGAGAGAGUCAAACGAUCGAUAAGUUCAGCAAAGCGCUUAAAACGACCACGGAACUAGGAAUAAAGCAAGGUCUCGCUCGAGGAUUGAUGCUUGGAAGCAUGGGAACGAUCUACGUUAGUUGGGCUUUUCAGGCUUGGGUCGGAUCGCUUCUUGUUAGCAAACAUGGUGAAAAGGGUGGGGAUGUUUUCGUAGCCGGAUUCAAUGUGCUUAUGGGAGGAUUGAAUAUCUUGACGACGCUUCCAAAUCUCACCGCCAUUACGGAGUCGCAAGGAGCUGCUACUCGAAUCAACGAGAUGAUCAACAGAAACCCGACAAUAGACUCCGAAGACAAGAAAGGAAAGGCGUUGUCGUACGUAAGAGGUGAAAUUGAGUUCAAAGGUAUCUACUUUAGCUACCCAUCGAGACCCGACACCACAAUUCUACAGGGGUUGAACCUAAGCGUACCAGCCGGUAAGACCGUGGGUUUGGUUGGAGGAAGUGGUUCGGGCAAAUCAACCAUUGUCGCGCUAAUCCAACGGUUUUAUGAUCCGAUCGAAGGUGAAAUCUUCUUGGAUGGAUACAAGAUCAAGAAACUUCAUCUCAAAUGGUUAAGAUCCCAAAUGGGUCUGGUUAAUCAAGAGCCAAUUCUCUUUGCAACAUCUAUCAGAGAGAACAUAUUGUUUGGGAAAGAAGGAGCUUCCAUGGAUGAUGUUGUUGCAGCUGCCAAAGGUGCAAAUGCACAUGAAUUCAUUGCUAAGUUGCCCGAUGGGUACGAAACGAAUGUCGGGCAAUUUGGAUUUCAACUAUCGGGCGGGCAAAAGCAGCGAAUUGCAAUCGCUCGUGCUUUGAUAAGAGAUCCGAAGAUUUUGCUCCUUGAUGAAGCUACAAGUGCGCUCGACUCGCUAUCCGAACAAGUCGUGCAAGAGGCCAUAGAUCAAGCCUCAGUCGGGAGGACCACUAUUGUAAUCGCACAUCGCCUCUCAACAAUUCGACGCGCUAACCUGAUUUACGUUCUUCAGUCAGGGAAGGUCGUUGAAUCGGGUACACACGAUCACCUAAUGCAAAAGAAUGGCGGGGAUUACUUCAAAAUGGUGUGGUUACAGCAAUCGGACCCACAAAAUGAAGUCAUCGAGCGAUCUAGUAAUCACACUAGUCGCCAUAGACCGAUGGUCGCACCGAGUCCAGUGAGUGCAAGAUCAAGUGCACCGGGCACACCGUCACUGAACCCAUUUAGCCCAGCGUUCUCCCUAAGUGCACCGUACUCGGUCCAAUUUGACGCUUCUUACGAAAGCGAUGAUGACGAUUAUUUAAAUAAACCAUCUCGCCAAGCUCCUUCCCAGUUACGGUUAUUGAAAAUGAAUGCACCCGAGUGGGGGAAAGCCUUAUCGGGAUGCAUAGGAGCUAUCGGCUCGGGUGCAGUACAACCCAUCAACGCAUACUGUGUAGGUGGCUUGAUUAACGUCUACUUCCGGACCGACAAAUCUACGAUCGUGAGCCAUGCAAGAAUUUACUCGUUCGUCUUCUUAGGGCUCGGGGUUUUUAACUUCUUCGCUAGUGUCAUCCAACACUAUAACUUCGCGGUGAUGGGAGAAAAGUUAACCACGAGAAUACGGGAGAAACUACUUGAAAAGCUCUUGACUUUCGAGAUCGGAUGGUACGAUCAAGAUGAGAACACGAGUGCGGCUAUCUGCGCACGUCUGUCAACCGAAGCCAACAUGGUACGAUCCCUUGUUGGAGACCGCCUAUCGCUGCUAACUCAAGCGUUUUUUGGGGCUGUGUUCGCUUAUGUACUAGGACUAGUACUCUCGUGGCGGCUAGCCCUCGUGUUGAUGGCGGCACAACCGCUCCUCAUUGGAAGCUUCUACGCUAGAAGCGCUUUAAUGAAGAGUUUGUCCGAAAAAACGCAAAAAGCCCAAAAAGAAGGAAGUCAGCUCGCGAGUGAAGCCGUCAUUAACCAUAGAACGAUAACGGCAUUCUCGUCUCAAAAACGGAUAGUUGGACUCUUUAAGGAUACAUUAGAAGGUCCGAGAAAGGAGAGUAUCCGACAGUCGUACUUUUCCGGCAUUGGCCUGUUUAGCUCGCAGUUUCUAGCGGCAGCUUCAACGGCCUUGGCAUAUUGGUACGGCGGCCGACUAUUGACCCAAGGGUCAAUAGCACCAGAAAAGCUUUUUCAAGCUUUUCUGGUUUUGCUAUUCACCGCAUACACAAUAGCCGAUGCAGGAAGCAUGACUAAAGAUAUCUCGAGAGGAAGCAACGCGGUCGGUUCUGUAUUCGCGAUUCUCGACAAGAAUACCGAAAUCGAUCCCGAUACUUCAUGGGGUCGUGAUUCAAUCAAAGGGACGUUACGGGGUCGUGUAGAGCUUAAAAACGUGUUUUUCGCUUAUCCGUCAAGACCAGACCAGAUGGUUUUCAAAGGACUAAACCUCAAAAUACGGCAAGGAACAUCAGUGGCGCUUGUUGGUCCGAGUGGGUCGGGUAAAUCGACCAUCAUUGGGCUGAUCGAGAGGUUUUACGAUCCGUUGAAAGGGGCGGUGUUUAUCGAUGAACGAGAUAUAAAAGACUAUAACUUGCGAGCUUUGAGAUCGCAUAUCGCGUUAGUGAGUCAAGAGCCAACUCUUUUUGCAGGAACCAUCCAUGAAAACAUUGGCUACGGGAAACCAGGUGCUAAAGAAUCCGAGAUCAGGAAGGCUGCGAUGCUUGCAAAUGCUCACGAGUUCAUAAGUGGAAUGAAAGAUGGUUAUGAAACAUACUGUGGAGAAAGGGGGGUGCAGCUUUCCGGAGGUCAGAAACAAAGAAUCGCAUUGGCCCGAGCCAUGCUCAAGAACCCAAGCAUCCUAUUGCUCGACGAGGCAACCAGUGCUCUCGAUACAGUCUCCGAGAGCCUGGUUCAAGAAGCGCUAGAGAAGAUGAUGAACGGAAGGACAUGUAUCGUGGUGGCUCACCGUCUCACCACCAUAAAAAGAUCCGAUUCCAUCGCCGUGAUUCAAGAUGGGAAGGUGGCGGAGCAAGGUUCACAUUCCGAUCUGCUCACCGUACGCGGUGGAGCGUACUCUAAUCUCGUCAAAAUUCAAGGCGGAAACUGAGCUUGCCGGCGGUAAACCACGACGGUUUAGAAAGGGAUUUGUAAAUUAAAGAAGAAUAUAUUGUUUUGAGAUAUUGAUUAGACUUGUUUAUUAACUGUGAUUAGCUGUAUUCGGUUUCUA